CGGGACGAUGGCAGCUUGGCUGAAAGUUUCCUUUUUGCUGCUGACUUUCUGCUUGAUUUUCCAGCACGGGAACAAGGUUGCUGCUGCCAAGUCCAAGCAGCGGGGCUCGCUGCUGUGUCCCUCCAGAGAUAAUACAAGAAUGUUAUCUGGCUUCCGAUAUGAAGAUUGUUCAUCCAUUGAGAAUCUGAAGGGAGAGCAUGCAAUCGAUAGAGUUCGAAACUUGUGCUUCAGUCAGUCUAUACAGGAUGGCUUGGCUGCAGUGAUAUUUCAAUGGAAUCCAAGCCCAUUGGGUAUUGAAUAUGUCAGAGGCUUCAAAAUAAUUCUUCAAGAAGCUAAAGCAUUUGGGGCUGAAAAGUUAUGUCAAGCACUGGUUUUAGAAGAACAAAAACAACUCCGAUAUUUCAAUAGAACACUUGUUUUGAAAUCCCAAACAUUUCGAAGGUUGAAGUUUAAAACACAAUAUAAUGUGACGAUUUUACCGUUUCCAAACCUUGUCGAAGAAAACAAUACCUUCCAGUUUCAGGUUGAACACUGGUCUCCAAAGAAUCUGGAUAUCAACCAACCGUACCAGUCUACAAAUUUAAAUGUAACCUUUGACUUGGCUCCUUCUAUUUUUGGAUUUAAAGCCUAUCACAUACGUUGUAAAAUGGUGAACACUGGUUUCCACAAGGACAAGACUAUAUUUGUGGACAGUAAUAUGACCAUAGUGAGUUACGUUUUUCAUGACCUUUACCCAGGCACUUACAGCAUUGAGGUGACGGAUUCUAGUAAUACCACUGGGAAACAAGUCAAUUUCACAGUGAGACCAGUGCAUUACCCAUGGGCUGGUCCAAUCCGAGCAAUUGCCAUUACUGUUCCGUUAGUGAUAGUGUCUGCGAUCAUCACUCUCCUCACAGUGGUCUGCUGUAAGAAACAGCAAAAUCCAGUGUAUUCGGAACUAGAUGAGGAGAAUUCUGAAUCAUCUCCAUCACCGAGGUCCAAACCAAAAGUUUUCAUUUGUUAUUCCAGUAAAGACUGUCAGAAACACCUCAGUGUCGUUCAGUGCUUUGCAUUCUUUCUCCAGGACUUCUGUGGCUGUGAGGUUGCCUUGGAUAUAUGGGAACAUUUGGAAAUCUGUAAGGAAGGGCAAAUGGACUGGCUCAGUCAGCAGAUCAUGGAGUCCCAUUAUAUCAUCAUUAUUUGUUCAAAGGGAAUGAAGUUCUUUGUAGAAAAGAAACAUCGUAAGCGUAAAGGCAACACUAGCGACGGUGGGCACGGAGAACUUUUUAUUGUUGCUGUUUCUAUGAUAGCAGAGAGACUACGCCAAGCACGACUAAACUCGAGCAAUCCCUCAAAAUUCAUCGCCGUCUAUUUUGACUACUCCUGUGAAGCAGACAUUCCUGGUGUCUUAGAUUUGGCAUGCAAAUACAAACUGAUGGACCAUUUCCCUCAGCUGUAUUCUCACUUACAUGCUCGAGAUCACAGCCACCCAGACCGGGACCCACGUGAAGUGAACAUUCGCAAAAGCAACUAUUUCAGAACUAAAUCUGGACGAUCAUUGUAUAUCGCUAUUUCUAAUAUGAAGCAACUUAUUGAGCAUGAGCCUGACUGGUUUGAGAAGCAGCUAGUGCCACAUCUGCCUUUACUGCCACACCAUCAAGGACCAGUUCGUGUUGACUCUGGACUUGUCCUGAAUGAGGUGGUUUUCAAGCAACCAGUAACUGAACACGAUUUUCACUUGAAAACCAUUGCAGAUGUGACCCCUGUUAAUUCGGUAUCUUAUACCCUUAUUCAGCACUUGAGGAUCAUUGGAGAUGCAGAUGUUUCUGACCACCAAGAUGUCAAUUCUCUGCUGAGACCCCUGCCACGGAUGGCAGCAGCUGUGAACCUGCCCGAAAUGCCACGUGACUCUGGGAUAUACGAUUCUUCCAUUCCUUCUUCAGAAUUAUCACUGCCUUUAAUGGAUGGCCUGUCUUCAGACCAGACAGAAACUGGCUCCAUUGCAGACAGUGUCUCCUCAUCCUCAGGGUUAGGUGAAGAUGAGCCACCAGUUCUCACAACAAAAUCAUCAGUUUCUGGACUGUGUAAGGUGGUAGCAGACAGACAUAUAAAUGCUUCAGUAACCCUAUAACAUUCUAAAUCAUAGGGUAUGCAUUGCCACUUUACCUUCUCAGCUGUAUAUUCAUUAACAAGCUCUACAAUAGUGACUGUUUUAACAACACUGUGAACAUCAAUACAUUCAAAUAGAUGAAUGCGUUAUGUAUUUGAACGCUGUGUGGCAACAUUGAGUAAAUAGUAUUGUUUUAACACAAGAGCCAGUCAACCUGAUUGAGAUCAAUAUUUAAUUACAGUUAUAUCAUAUUUCUGACACUAAUUUGAUGCUCUUAACUGUUUAAUGUAAUAUUUAAUUUUGUGUACUGAUUCGGACCAUUUGUGCAUCUUAGAAAUUAAUAUCAAUCUUUCUGAUCAAGGCAAAAUGGGUGUGUUCAACUGAUUUAAUUUACCAAUAUUUUCACCUAUUUCUUGAGAUAAAAAGAAUUAUGACUUAGCAUAGAAUAUUAUUGCUAAAAUUAUUUGUAAAUCCUUAUGAUUUGUCUGAAUGUUUCCAUGUGGCACAGAUCAGAACUAACUAUUAGAUUUCGACUAACAUUGGAUAUGUGGAUAUUUACCAAUGACAUAUUACAGAUAAUUGCACUGCUGCGCCCAUUAGGGAGGGAGUAAUUGUAUAAUGAAUCUGGUUGGAAUAAUAUUUCUUUUAAAAAUGCAACUGACAUCCAUUAAUGUUUUGGGCUCUCAUAUAUAAAUUCUGGUAGAAGCAUUUAAACUAACUUAAACAACCUUUUUGAACAACAAAGUAAUUCUGCAUUUUCAGAAUGCCUGUUGCAGAUAAGAAAAGAAUGAAGUGUAGUUUUUAG